UCAAAGUGUCUGAUAACACAGUUGUUUUUUAUGGCGUUAAAUUGCGAUGAUAAGGUGGCUGUAUAGCCACUGUUGUCGGUGAAACAAGUCCAAUCCACAUGGGGAUGUCGUCAUUCGUGAUUUUUAGGUUACUGUUUUCGCUGUUGGUGCCAGUAUACGGACUGAAUCCAGAAUUUGCCGAAGUCAAAACAUGGUGGUCAAAACAGAUCACAACCGAUUACUACACUGCUGGGAGGCUGUCUACACGCCAGGUCAAAUACGCCGGAGAAGUCGGAUUCAAGUCAUUGUUUGCUGUCGUUAACCAUACCACUCCCGGUCACAUGGGGACGGAAGCCCUACCCAUUACAUCGAAAAUUAAAACAACGGCAUUGCAAUUUGCGGAGGUUGAUUUCGACAUACUUCCGAUGUCGAACUGGCGAAGUAUGAAUGCCGUAUUGUAUUUCAACGAGAUGGCUCAGACUAUGACAAAACCACUGCUAGUCUAUUGUACCGCUGCUUAUUCUAGUACCGCAAUUGUUCUACUAAACUUGCUCUAUAUGACCAAACAAGAUCCACGUUUCGAGCCUAAAGUUCACGCAGAUGACUUCUUUCGCAUUGCACGCGUCCAUGGCUUUGAUUUUGACAUGGACGUAGAAUUAAUCGAAUUAGUCUCGCAUAUUACAGGCGAGACUCCUAUAAAGCUGAGACCUAAACCUAACAAUAAACUUGCUAACUGGGGCACAUACUGGCAUUCAAAAUUCGUUUCAUCAGACUGGUUUGCCGCCGGACAGAUGAGAGAAGGACACCUCCCUGCCAUUAUUGAUGCCGGGUUUAACGCUGUGAUAAAUAUCAGGCGUGGGCUGACCCAGCCUCCCCUGAAUAUACCAUCACAAGAAGAAGUGACACUAUUGAAUAUUGAGGAUUUCACCGGUACCUAUAAACGCGGCGGACGUCAAAAUGUAACACGGUUACUGGAAACGCGUCUCGACCCAGAUAAACCAAACAAGUAUAUUACGCCUACAUCGGAAAUUAAUUACGAAUUGCGAAAUGAGGGUGAAUUUGGUGACGACAUCGGAUACAACGAAGAAAUUGAACGUGACACAUAUGCUGAAAUAAACAUAUCAUAUUUUCACCUUCCUGUUGCGCACACAACCGCUGACCUGUUCUAUCAGUAUCUUGAUGCUUUCCGAAUAGCUGCCGAAAUGGGUCAUGUGUUGGUACAUUGUAGGAGUGGUUAUAGAGCAGCUGUGUGGACCCUGCUGGCAGAAGGAUACUUCAAUUGUAGAAGUAGUGAUUGGGCCUUGAAACAAGCCGGUAUCAUGGGAUAUCAUUUUACACGCGACAGUGACACGUAUGGCGUAUUUACAGAAGUGCUUGAUUCUGAUCGGGAAGAAUGUCGUCAGAAACCUACACAUAUUCCAAAAAACAACAUAUUGACAAAUUUAAGGAAAUUCGCCAUAUUUUCAUUUUUUGCCCACAUGUUUGGUCUGUAAUAGCGAGCUGUGAUGGUAUCUUAUUGAAGAUAUGUAUCCAGCAUGUCAAUAUCUGAACAAACAAUUCAAGUCAUUUACAACUCAAAAACCAACUUACUAAAUCUCAGAUCAGUAGUGAGGGUAUAUAUUCACUGGUAUUUAAAGGUGGUUGAUCGUCGCACAGUGCGUGUUCGAAUCUCAUCUAAACGUACAAUGUAUUGUAAACGCCUUGUAUGCAUUGCUAUGAGGCAAAACCACCCUUUAAAGAGCGGUAGUCGUCACCCAUGCAUGCGCAGAUACAUAUACGAGUCUCAUAAACAGAUGACAACUUUACAAACUGAGACGUUACCAAGCUUUAAUUAGGUAUUUUUUAGGUGAUUAUCGAAAGUAUCACCGGCAGUAUUAAGUGUAAGUCGAUGGAAUUUAAUAUCAUACUGUCUCAGAAAAGAAGGAUGAAUAUAAUGCAUAUACAUUCUGUUAUUUCUUUGCUUUGAUACUUGGUAUGUAUGUACAUCUAAGUUUGGUGAAUCUCUGUCAGAUUUUUACGCCAUAUUUCAAAAUACACUAAUUGUUGAAUAAGCUAGAUGCAUGUACUAAGUUUCAAUACAUUGGGGCAAACUGUUAUGAUUCAGAAUAAACAAGAUAAAAACAGUUAAUUAGUAUGCAAA